AUGUGCCCAGCUGUAGGAAACAUCCCAGUGUGCAUGCUGGAGGAUGGAAAAGACUGGAUUAAAGCUGACGGCCUUAGAGGAGAUGCCCGUCAUCUCACACUGGAUCCAAACACAGCGAACAGAAGACUCCGUCUGUCUGAAGACAACAGAGAGGUGAAGAUGACGUAUAAGCAGCAGUCGUAUCCUGAUCACCCAGACAGAUUUGACCAGUGGCCUCAGGUUCUGUGUAGAGAAGGUCUGACUGGGCGAUGUUACUGGGAGGUCCAGUGGAGCGGAGAGGUUGAUAUAGCAGUGACUUACAGAAGAAUCACAAGAAGUGGAGAUGACUCUCAGCUUGGGCACAAUAAACAGUCGUGGAGUCUGAGGUGCUCUGGUGACAGCUACACUGCCAGUCACAACAGGAAGUCCACCCUCCUCUCUGUCCAUUCUCAUGGAUCUGACAGAGUAGCAGUGUAUCUGGACUGCUCUGCUGGAACUCUGUCCUUCUACAGAGUCUCUUCUGACAGACUGAGACUCCUCCACACCUUCAGCUCCACCUUCACUGAGCCUUUCUACCCUGGGUUUGGGGUCUGGGAUCCUGAUUCUCAUCUGGGUCUGCUGCCAGUUUCUGAGAGACAACAACUUCUGGCAAAGCCACCAACAAAGCCACCAGCAAAGCCACCAACAAAGCCACCAACAAAGCCACCAACAAAGCCACCAACAAAGCCACCAGCAAGUGUUUGGGAAAAAUGUUGCAUAAUGUGAUGGAUAUGAGCAGCUUUGGAUUAAUAUCAUUGUGCUAGACAGAUAUUAUGCAAGGCCAAACCAGUGGACCACACACACACACACACACACACACACACACACACACACACACACACGCAUGAUAUAUUGAUUUUCAUCAAGAAGCUGAUUGUUAAUGCUGAAAACAUAAGUUCAUUAAGUAUUUAAGAAGUCAUUUAAAAGGUGAUUAAAAACAGACACAGAUGAAGAGGAAAUUCAUUUGUAAUAGUUUCUAGUUAAAAAU